AUGCAAAAUUCGAAAAUUGGAAAGCCAUCUCGGUGUGGCCAAGCGAGAGCAAAAGCCAGAAAGCCUGGAGGAGCGGACGAGGUUGCCGGCCUCGCGUUCGAACCGCUGCCGGCCCCGCGAACCGGCUCUUUGUUCGGCGCGAACGGCUGCUUAUAUUAUUCGGAUCUGUGCUCAGUAGGAACACCUUUCCCAAUAAACGUUAGUUUUUUCCCAGAUACAAUCCGAAUACAGGAACGAGCGUGUGGACCCAAGCGCGGUGUCCAGUGUUAUGAGUGUGACCAUGUAGCCAAGAGUGAUGGCCGCCGUUACACCUUAUCUACCGUUGUAUUUUUCGGUGGUGGAGGCGGUAAUGCUGGCCAGGGUGGAGGCGGUAAUGCUGGCCAGGGUGGAGGCGGUAAUGCUGGCCAGGGUGGAGGCGGUAAUGCUGGCCAGGGUGGAGGCGGUAAUGCUGGCCAGGGUGGAGGCGGUAAUGCUGGCCAGGGUGGAGGCGGUAAUGCUGGCCAGGGUGGAGGCGGUAAUGCUGGCCAGGGUGGAGGUGGUAAUACUGGCCAGGGUGGAGGCGGUAAUACUGGCCAGGGUGGAGGCGGUAAUGCUGGCCAGGGUGGAGGCGGCGAUGCUGGCCAGGGUGGAGGCGGUAAUGCUGGCCAGGGUGGAGGCGGUAAUGCUGGCCAGGGUGGAGGCGGUAAUGCUGGCCAGGGUGGAGGCGGUAAUGCUGGCCAGGGUGGAGGCGGUAAUGCUGGCCAGGGUGGAGGCGGUAAUGCUGGCCAGGGUGGAGGCGGCAAUGCUGGCCAGAUGUUUACUAGUGUCGAGAACGUGCUAGUGCAUUAUGCGGCAGUGGGUGAUAAUGGUUCUUGGGAAGUUAAUGCUUGUGUCGGGUUGCUCUAA